GAAGCGGGGCCUAGGCUGAGGGAACGGGUCGCAGGCAGAACAGCGUCGGUGGUUGGUGCUGUCUGAGCUGAGCGAGCAGCGCGAUGGGGCGAGGCGGCGGCACCUUCGAGCGGCUUCUAGAUAAAGCUACCAGUCAGCUUCUUCUGGAGACAGACUGGGAGUCCAUCCUGCAGAUUUGUGAUAUGAUUCGUCAAGGUGACACUCAGGCUAAAUAUGCUGUGGGUGCCAUAAAGAAGAAAGUCAAUGACAAGAAUCCUCACGUGGCUCUCUAUGCAUUAGAGGUCUUGGAAUCAGUGGUAAAGAACUGUGGUCAGACAGUCCAUGAUGAAGUGGCUAACAAACAGACUAUGGAGGAGCUGAAAGAAUUGCUGAAGAGACAAGUUGAGGCCAAUGUUCGCAACAAGAUCCUGUACUUGAUCCAGGCGUGGGCUCAUGCUUUCCGCAACGAGCCCAAAUACAAGGUGGUUCAGGACACAUAUCAAAUCAUGAAGGUGGAAGGUCAUGUGUUUCCAGAAUUCAAGGAGAGCGAUGCCAUGUUUGCAGCAGAAAGGGCGCCUGACUGGGUAGAUGCAGAGGAGUGUCACCGGUGCCGAGUCCAGUUUGGGGUGGUGACUCGCAAGCACCACUGUCGGGCUUGUGGGCAGAUUUUCUGUGGGAAGUGCUCGUCCAAGUACUCCACCAUCCCCAAGUUUGGCAUCGAGAAGGAGGUGAGGGUGUGUGAGCCUUGCUACGAACAUCUCAACAAGAAAGCGGAAGGAAAGGGGAGCGCCACCACAGAGCUGCCUCCCGAGUACUUGACCAGCCCUCUUUCGCAGCAGUCCCAGAUGCCUCCAAAGCGCGAUGAAACAGCUCUGCAGGAGGAAGAGGAGCUGCAGCUGGCCAUUGCACUCUCCCAGUCGGAGGCAGAGGAGAAGGAAAGGAUGAGACAGAAAAGCACAUAUUCCACAUACCCCAAGGCAGAGCCAACCCCGAUCACCUCCUCAGCCCCUCCAGUCAGCACCCUCUAUUCCUCACCUGUGAACUCCUCUGCACCUCUGGCCGAGGACAUUGAUCCUGAGUUGGCUCGGUACCUGAACCGCAACUACUGGGAAAAGAAACAAGAGGAGGUCCGCAAGAGCCCCACGCCCUCUGCCCCACUCUCCAUGGGGGAGCCAGCCAGCCAAGCCACUGAGGUCCAGCCUGCUCCGCUUACUGUGGUAGAGCAGCAGUACCAAAACGGUGAGACGGAUGAGACCCAUGAACAGUUCCUCAAGGCUCUGCAGAAUGCUGUCACCACCUUCGUCAACCGCAUGAAGAGCAACCACCUGCGGGGCCGGAGCAUUACCAACGACUCGGCGGUUCUCUCACUCUUCCAGUCCAUCAACAGCAUGCACCCCCAGCUCUUGGAGCUGCUGAACCAGCUGGAUGAGCGCCGCUUGUAUUAUGAAGGACUCCAGGAUAAACUUGCCCAGAUCCGGGAUGCGCGGGGAGCCCUGAAUGCUCUACGGGACGAACACAGAGAGAAGCUGCGCCGUGCUGCCGAGGAAGCGGAGCGUCAGCGUCAGAUCCAGCUGGCCCAGAAGCUUGAGAUUAUGCGACAAAAGAAGCAGGAAUACCUGGAAAUGCAACGGCAGUUGGCCAUCCAGCGCCUUCAGGAGCAGGAGAAGGAGCGCCAGCUGCGGUUGGAGCAACAAAAGCAAACUAUCCAGAUGAGGGCACAGAUGCCUGCUUUUUCCCUACCAUAUGCUCAGCUGCAAGCUGUGCCCGCUGCUGGUGGGGUGAUCUACCAGCCGUCGGGCCCUACAAGCUUCCCAGGCACCUUCAGCCCAGCAGGCUCUGUGGAGGGCUCACCAAUGCACACAGUAUACAUGAGCCAGCCAGCCCAGGGCAGCACUGGGCCCUACACAGCAAUGCCUGUGGCAGGAACAGAUUCCAGCAUGGUGAGCACCUACAUGUACUCAGCAGGCACGAACAGUGCGCAGACCGCUCCACAAGGGCAGGCAGUGCCCACCACGAAUCCUGCCUAUUCCUCCUACCAGCCUACACCUUCCCAGGGCUAUCAGAAUGCAGCUGCCCCUUCGCAAACCCAGGCUAUCCCCGCCUUGACACAGGCUCCUCCGCAGUCUGGUGGUACAAUGGGUUAUAUGGGCAACCAGUCUGUCUCUAUGGGCUACCAGCCCUACAACAUGCAGAACCUCAUGUCGACCCUCCCUGGCCAGGAACCGGGACUGAGCAGCCUGCCACCCCAGCAGCCUUACAUGUCAGGACAGCAGCCUAUGUAUCAGCAGAUGGCACCCCCUGGAGGUCCACCACAGCAGCCGCCACCUCCCCAGCAGCCGCCCGCCCAGGUGCAGCAGGCACAGGGGGGCAGUGGAGAGGCUCAGCUCAUUUCCUUCGACUAAUCUCUUAGCUGACGAGGAAGCGGGGAGGGUGGGUUUCUACGACAUUGUAACACUAUCAUCAGUUGGUCACUGCUGUACUUGCCAGCCAUCGCUGUUACUUUAUGCCUUCCCCACAGUGGGGAAGGGCGAGUGGAGCCCCUGCCCUAGGGAGACUCCCACCAUUACCUGUAACUUCUCUCACUGUCCCAGGCAAAAAUGUGACCAAGAGAGCACCUGAGUAGAAGCAAGGGACAGCUGUGUCUGAUUGUACACGCUGCUACUCAGCUGGAGAGAAACCUUGGCACAGCCUGACCCCAUCCAGCCUUAUACUAGCUGGGGAGAAGAGCAGAGCACCAAGCAGUCUCCCAUAAGUUGCACCACUACAGGAAGCUGCCUUCUUGUGGGGAAAUGGCAUUUGAGCAUGCUCCAAAGCCAGAGUGAGUGCGGUCCGACUCCCAUCCCCCACGCACAGCCCGGGUCUGUGCUCCUCCCCCAGGAUACCCUAUGGAUGCAUCUUGCCAAUCAAGUGGCCUUCACUGUCCACCCAUGAACUCAAGAGCUCUCCGUGUCCCCUCUGGACCUUUGGAGAACCCGCCACCUUGAACACAAUCUAUCCCUAGACUAUAUCUCCCCUCCUCUUCCUCUUCUUCCUUUUACCCCACUUAUCCUCACUGCUUUUGCAGACUUGUCUCUCAUACGUAGUGGCUGGUGUAGACAGGAUGGAACCAGUGGCAGUAAUAAAGUAUUUAAAAUUUU